AUGCCAAUAUGGAAAGGUUUCCCUCCGCGGCUUGGCGACCUCAAUUGGCGGCAAGCGACAGCAAUCAACACGACAAUCACCAGUAUAGCCGCAGUCAUCUUUGUGCCACUUCUCCUCGCGGCAUGGACCAAAGCUGGAGGCAUCGACAAGACUCUCAUGUUCUUUUCCGGUGGCUGCGACACGGGAAGCGCCAGUCGACUAAACGUGGUGCUACACUUGGGUAUCAACAUAUUCUCGACGGCGCUCUUGGCGUCUUCAAAUUUCUUCAUGCAAAUAUUGAACGCCCCGUCGAGAGAAGAGGUCGUCAAGGCACAUGGCCUAGGCUCGUGGCUGGACAUUGGUGUUCUGUCGUCACGAAAUGCAUUCCGGGUGUCACGCUUCAAGACUGCUUCCUGGAUAAUAUUCUUUCUCAGCUCUUUACCGAUUCAUUUAUUGUUCAAUAGUGCCAUAUUUCAAACUGACAAUCGGGGCGCUUUCUAUCACUUGACCAUUGCCAACGAGGCAUUUAUCCAUGGGGGCCAGUAUUUUGGUCCAGGAGCAUCCUUGACAAUGCCAUCUGGAGAUCUUGAUGCCAAGAUUGAUUGGCUCGUUUGGGACUACCCGCAAGUCUCCAUGGACGAUUAUCGCGAUCCAAAGUCAGCAAUAUCCGCCAACAUAUCGUUGGCGGCUGCCCAUGCUGCAGGCUGGAACAAGGUUUCGGCAGCAGAGUGCAGAGACACUUAUUCUGUCAACGGCUGUUCCGGCAUAAGAACCAACAGAGACCUUGUCGUUGUCAUUGACAAGGCCGAAGGAUGGGAAACUGGCGCCAUCUUUGACAUGUCAUUCAAUGAGGUCGAAUCCUGGAAUUCCAUAGUCCCGCCCAAUCAAACCAACAAUCUGUGGUUUAGCACUCGUUGCUUGAUGGGUGCCGACCUUGCGGGUGGCACACUUGCAUGCCAUAAUGCAUGCAACAACUCACUGAGCUUUGCGCCCGAAGACACGGGAGAUUCUUAUAACAUCACAUUUCUGCCACGGCUAACGUUUCAGAACACAUCAAUCUAUAGAGGAUUGCAUCUGGAUCCUCUGCCUGUGAGAUACUGCCUACAGGAAGCCUUUGAGACUGAAUGCCAGCUUGGACUCAGCAUUACAUUGUUAUUUGCAGUAACCUUCUGCAUUCUAGUCAAACUGUUGCAGUGCCUUAUUGUCAUCAAGUAUCUUGACACUUCAGAGAGCCUCGUUACGCUGGGAGAUGCUGUGGCAGCCUUUAUCGCCCGGCCUGAUCCCUACACGGCUGGGUACUGCACAAUGCAGAGGCGCGACGCUGCGCAAUGGGAAAUACAGGAAUCCCACGAGAAAUGGCAGAGGACAUCCAGGCGCGUGGGGUCCACGCUUUCUAGUAUGCAUUGGCUGGUGACUUAUGCCGUCUUCUUCAUCUGUGCCUCAACUGCUGUUGCUUUUCUGAUCGUUAUGACGAAUAAGCAUCUGGGCCUGCAAGGAACGAUUACACCAAGUGACUCGAACCCGCUACUGUCCACGUCCGUUGCAAAAAGUUUCUUGUCCGGGGUCUUGGCAGUGAACAGCCCCCAACUAAUGCUAUCAUUUUGCUACGUGCUCUACAACAAUCUCUUCACCAAGAUGCAGAUGGGGAGAGAAUGGGCAGCAUUGAGCCGAAGCUACAAGGGACUUCGAGUUUCCGACCCAAGAGGCCACCAGUAUGCAACGUAUCGUCUACAGUUGCCCUACAGGUACAGCAUUGCUUUGAUCAUUGGGAGUAUGAUACUGCAUUGGAUGCUUUCGAACACAUUCUACAUCGUAAUUGUUCAAGGAGACUAUUUCAAUCCAAUAAAGUCAAUUUCUAUUCAUGAUGACUCCGUCGGCCCGGAGAGGUCCAUCGCGUUCGGGUAUUCUUCUACGACUCUCCUCGUCUGUCUUGUGAUCUUUAUUGCUUCUAUCCUGGUUCCAAUUGUCGUGGCUCUAUCUCGCUUGCCGGGAAACACGACUGUGGUGGGGAGCGAGUCUCUUGCCAUUUCCGCAGCCUGCCAUGUAUCCACAAAGUCCAAGACGAAGCAAGGCCUCUCUUAUGAGAACGGGCCAUGGGAGGUCUUGAAUGGAUCCAUGGAGAACAUCGAGAGCGCCCGGCAGAGUUUGAUUCCCACCACAUGCGGGACUGCUGACAUGGAGCCUGGAUAUGAAAUGGUCAUGAUGGACAGUGCAGAUUGCACUGCAGAUGCCGAAUCGCAGCGUAUGCAUCUAGAGGGGCACGCCAGACUGCCAGCACAGGAAACGAAUCAUUGGAUGGCAAAAUCAUUGGAAGACCAACAGCGUUUAUUGAUUUCACAGGGCCGGAUCAAAUGGGGCGAGGUCACCAUGCCAGUAGAGUGGUACGCGCAUUACGAAGAGUUACCAGAACCAGUUCGACACUUGAGCUUUGGCUUGGAAGGGGACGAAGUACAAGAGCCAGAAGAUGGUCAAUGGUAUGCGUGA